AUGGGAAAAUGGACAGAAGCUAAAUAUGAAACAGAGUUUAUAAGCAAAGUUAGAUCAAUCUUUGAUGGUGAAAAAUAUGUUACUUUUGAAGAAUUUGUUGACAAGUUUGAUGUAAAUAAUAAAUCAACUAGAAUUUACUUUGAGGAAAUAAUAAAGGAAACCUGUGGUGUUUCGAGCUCGGGAAUGACUCACCAACAUACUUCAGGAUUAAGACGAUAUCGUGAACCCUAUUCCUAUGUUCCACGUGAGAAUCCAAGAAAUUUCUACUUUUUACCGGGAUCUUCUCAGGGUAUGAUGGACGUUCCACACUACAGUCCAUUCCUUGGCAACCCCAACCCCAACAACCUCAAUGGUAACCACUACAGCAUCAACCCUAACAACAACAGCGGCAAUAACAACACUUCUACAGCGAUCAACCACCAGCAGCAUUUCGAUCAAUUGAAUCAGCAGACCCAACAGGUUCUCCAACACGUUCGUUCACAGAUGGCAUCGUCAUUGUCAUCAUCUCUCAACACCAAUCUACCAAACAACAACAACAACAGUAACCAACAACAGACUGCCACCGCCAGUCUCUUGAUUCCAUUUUCUAUGCAUUCGUCGUCGUCGUCGAGUGGUGCAACUACCUCCUCGUCAAACUCACAGUCGUCAUCGACUUCAUCGUCGACCACCAGCAACAAUCCACUGCUUCCCAUCCCAAUGCCACCUUUCAAUAGCUCUUCAUCGUCAUCAUCUUCGUCACCGUCAAACUCCACCUCCACACCUGUAUCACCAUCACUCCAACCGUUUGAAUUUGCACCACCCCGAUUGUUGCGACUUCCAAUCACCAGAAAUCUCCACUUAAACUCAUCAAUUAUAAAUUCUCCACCAUCUUCACCACCGACCUCCAACCACAACCUUCCUACAACCACAUCAUUUUUCUCAUCACCAUACCAUAACAAUCUCUAG